CCUGGGCCUGGACCUCCUCCAGUGCCAUGCCCAGGAAAAGAGGGAACCAUCAAGAGCAUCUCAUGGGACAGAACAUGACCAGCAAUGUCAGCAGGCAAAACCAAGGUUUUGUUUAGCAAUGACCCUUUGAUGAAGUCAAAGAUUUACAAUCAGUCCAGUACAGAUUGGAGUACAGAUGGGAGAACACUCAGGGGGUACAGCCAAGGCCAUGAGGUCACAGCAGUCUCUGGGGUGACAGCAGGCUGAGGUGACAGCAGGCUCUGAGGUCACAGAGGUCCCAGAGCCCCGUGGUUGCACAGCACCACAAGGACCGAGCAGUCAGUCCUUGACCACGACUGCUGUGGCAGCAGCGGUGCUGACAUUGGGACAGCGGUGUCAGGACAGUGGUGGCAGCAAGAGCUGCAGGACUGGCAGUGGGCAAGGCACCAUGGCCUUUGCUCUGCGCCUCCUCCUCCUGCUCCUCCUGGCAGUGGCCCUGCCUGACAGGGCUGCCCAGGCUGCUCCGUGGCGAGCACAGGGAGCAGAUGAGGGUGGUAGGAAGGCUCCUCCAGCAGCUUGGCUUCAUGAAGAUUUUCUGCCUCUGGAGCCCCAUGCAGGUGUGUCUGCAUCAAGGACAUUUCAAGCUCCUUUUCUGGUUGCUGCACGCAAGCCCAGCUCCCAUCACAGGGGUUCUCCUAGAGGGAGGAAUAAACCCACAGAAGACAAGAUGCUGAGUGAACUGGAUAGACGCUAUGAGAUGAACCCAAAGGCUGUGCUGAAGGUGCCAUUUCCCGGAGGAAGCAGUGGCUCAUGGGCAGCCUCUGCUGCAGGAAGGGAGGCCCUGCCAGGCACAGUCCCAGGAGACAAGGGUGGUAGGAAGGCUCCUCCAGCAGCUUGGCUUCAUGAAGAUUUUAAGCCUCUGGAGCCCCAUGCAGGUGUGUCUGCAUCAAGGACAUUUCAAGCUCCUUUUCUGGUUGCUGCACGCAAGCCCAGCUCCCAUCACGGGGGUUCUCCUAGAGGGAGGAAUAAACCCACAGAAGACAAGAUGCUGAGUGAACUGGAUAGACGCUAUGGUGGGUCCAUGUCCUUCAGCCUUCUCCUGAGACUCAGCAGCCGGGGGCUUUCUCUGCACAUCUGGACAUGCCGUGCCUGGCACAGUGGGAAGGGAUCCAUGGCAGCCUUGCUGCCCCGCUGCUGCUUUCUUGGCCUGCAGGGCUGUUUCCCAGCCUGGCCUGGCUACAGCUUCUCCCCAGCCUCU